GUCAUGUGGGAAGCUAGCAAACAGAAAAAGAUCAUAUAGAUUUCAGGCCCUCUCAUCAUACCCUUAUAAAACACACCUCUAAGUUUUUUUCUUUUUUGCAGAAAUUAUUACAAAAGGAAAAAAAGAAAAGGAAAAAAAAAAGAAAAAGAAAAAUCCAUGGUUUCUAGAGAGCACAAGAAGGCAGUUCUGCAUGAGAAGCUUCAAUUACUUCGCUCUAUUACCAACUCUCAUGCUCAGCUAAACAAGGCCUCGAUUAUAGUGGAUGCAUCAAAAUAUAUCGAGGAGCUAAAACAGAAAGUAGAAAGAUUGAAUCAAGAUAUAUCCACCGUUCAAAAUUCAAUCCACCCAAAUCCACUUUCUCAUCAAUAUUCUCCCAUGCAGGUUACAGUGGAAAGGCUAGUAAAGGGAUUUUCUAUAAAUGUAUUUUCAGAAAAGAGUUGUCAAGGGCUUCUUGUUUCCAUAUUAGAAGUGUUUGAAGAGUUGGGGCUUAAUGUCAUUGAAGCUAGGGUUUCUUGUACUGAUACUUUCCAAUUACAAGCUAUUGCAGAAAUUGAAGAAGAAGGAGAAGAAGCCAUUGAUGCUCAAGCUGUGAAAGAAGCAGUAGUUCAAGCAAUAAAGAGCUGGGGCCAAAGCGGUGAACAAGAUUAAUAAAUAAUCAACUUUCUAGAAGGAGAAUUAUUCAAAAAAAAAAAAAAAAACCACCUUAAUUUCUCCAACUUGUUUUAAUCGCGGCGUUUUUUUCUUUUUUUGUUAUCACCUUAACUUCUCCGUUUGUAAUGUGGUAAUUAAAAAAUUAAUCAAUGGAAAAACCGAUUGAUUAAUGUUCUUCAAAA